UCCGCAUAAGUAACUUUCUUGUCAUCAGCGCUGCUGUCAUCGUGCCGGAAGCCGAAGUAGACAACGAAACUCCUUCCCGUUUGACAGCUCUUUUCCAUCACAAGUAUGGCUCCGAAGAAACCGUCUGAAAAGUCCGCGGGCCAACCGGCCGAAAAGAAGGAGAAGAAGCCAGCAGCCGCUGCAGCUUCAGGCUCUGGUGAAAAGAAGGCCGCUCCUGCCAAGAAGCCGGCCCCAGAAAAGAAGCCAGCUGCCGCUGCAGAGAAGAAACCAGCUGCUUCCGCCGAAAAGAAGCCAGCAGCUGAGAAGAAACCUGCCGCCGCCGAAAAGAAGGCAGCCCCAGAGAAGAAAUCGGCUGAAAAGCGCGCCGCUCCAGCUGACACCAAGGCCCCAGCCGAGAAGAAGAAGGCCACUGAAUCCAAGAAAACCCCGGCCGCUGCCCCUAAAGCUGCUGCUGGUGCUUCCGUCGAUGCCGGAAAGAAGAAGCCGAAGAAGGAUGCCGCCGCCGGCAAGAAGCCAGCAGCAGCCGCAGCCAAGAAGCCAACAGCGGCCACUGGUGCGGCCGCAAAGAAGGCAGCCGAUGCCGCGGCCAAGGCCAAGAAGACCGCAGCCGGUGAUAAGAAGGCCGCCGCCAAGAAGCCGGCCACGAAGAAACCCGGCACCAAGAAGGGACCGGCCACCACCAAGGCCAAGAAGGCAACCGGAGCGGCCGCCAAGAAGGGUGCCGCCGGUGGUAAGGGAGCUGCUGCUAAGAAGCCAGUCGCUAAGAAGCCAGCGGCUCCAAAGGGGGACAAGAAGGCCAUUGAGGCCAAGCUCCAGAAGGGGGCCGCUAAGGCUCGCGCCGCCGCUCUGCUGAGGGCCAAGAGGACCAAGACCAAGGUCGUCAAGGGUCCAUUUGGAACUGCCCUGCGCAAGAUCCGCACCACUGUGAAGUUCCGUCGGCCACGCACUCUGCGUCUGCCCCGCAACCCCAAGUUCCCGAGGAAGUCGGUGCCGACCCGUAGCCGCAUGGACGCGUACAACAUCAUCAAGUACCCGCUGACGACGGAAGCCGCGAUGAAGAAGAUCGAGGACAACAACACCCUGGUGUUCCUGAUCCACCUGCGCGCCAACAAGAACCACGUCAAGGCGGCCGUCAAGAAGCUGUACGACAUCAAGGUCUCCAAGAUCAACACCCUGGUGCGGCCGGACGGCAAGAAGAAGGCGUACGUGCGGCUAGCCCGCGACUACGAUGCGCUCGACAUUGCCAACAAGAUCGGUAUCAUCUAAGCCAAGUCGAUCGAUCGAUUCCCACACAUACCGCGACCGUGUUGUGCGUAUUUCCUUAUUCUUAUAUGCUUGAAUUAAACAAAAAGUGUAUGUUCUCAUACAGUCGGAUAAGUUAAUGAACGAACCUGAGCAACUGUGGUAGGAAUUUACUGUGGAAAGAAUAUAUGAAUCCAAAUAUCUUCGCCCGAAAAGAUCGAGGAAAA